AUGCUGAAGGAACCAUUGAGAUUUGACGAGCUGCGCUCUAUUGGGGUUGGAGGUCUCAUGGAACUACCUCAAAUCAUCAUCUGCGGUAAUCAGUCUAGUGGAAAAGCUCCGUACUGGAGGCAAUCUCCAGAGAAGGAUGAGCAGGAACAGCAGAAGCUCCGAGCCUUCACCUCCGAGUCCUUUUCCUCCAGUGGAGAACUUCCCACGCUGAUCGAAAACGCGAAGGAAUGCAUGGGACUUUCCAGCACCGAUCCUUCGAGCACUGGAUUUAGCGACGUUGUGCUUAAAGUCGAGAUUUCGGGCCCUGAAAAGCCAGAGCUGACUCUGGUCGACCUUCCGGGCCUCUACUACUCCAGCAGCAGCGAACAAAACGAGCAAGGAAUGGAGAUAGUUCAGAGGUUGACGGAAAAGUACAUGAAAAGGUCCCGGAGCGUCAUCCUGGCUGUCAUCAGUGCAAGGGCCGAUUACCAUAUCCAGAAGGUCUUGAACAUCGCGCAGUCUUUUGAUCCCAAAUACGAGAGAGUCUUGGGUAUUGUCACGCAACCCGAUAUCCCCGAAGUGGGUUCAGAUGAACAGGAAAGUUAUGUGCAGUUCAUCAAGAACGAAAAGGUCAAGCUGCAACUUGGAUGGCAUGUAUUGCGGAACCGCUCGUUUGAGACACGCAGCAUUUCCGAUGAUGAGCGAGAUGUCCAAGAAAAGGAGUUCUUUGAAAGGGGACGAUGGGCUUCCCUCCCUCAUGACCAAGUUGGGAUUGAAAGUCUGAGGCAUCGUCUCAGCAAGAUUCUACUUGAUCUUGUCCGUCGCAAUCUUCCUGGUCUUAUUGCGGACAUACAAGAAAGGAUUUCUCGCAACGAGCAGACACUGGCAAAAAUGGGCGCGCCACGCACAACUCUUCAAGAGCAACGCCAUUUUCUUGUCGAUAUUAGCAGCAGAUUUGCGCGAAUCACAAACCAGGCCUUGAAUGGAUCGUACGUCGAUGAGUUUUUCGGUAGAUUCAAAGACCAUGCGGCGACCACAGAAGAAUCUCCUUUCCGCCGACUGUGGGCAAUAAUCCGUGAGCUUAAUGAAUGCUUUGCUGAAGCGAUGAGCAUUCGCGGGAACCGGCGAAUCAUUCAAUUCCCUGGACAGCCAGCACCUGUUGAGGACGUCGAGCAACAGAGAUCCAAGCCUUACAUGGAUGAUUGGACACCGCAGUACAUUUCCCAAGAGUCUUUUGUCGACGAGAUCAAAGAACAGGCCCGGCAAAAUGAGGAAUCGAGCUACCAGUGCGAGACCUGGGAAGCAGUUGCUAAAUCCCAUCUGUCAAAUACCUGGGACUCGGUCGAGUACUUUAUCCAGCUGGUACUGAAGAACCUCACGGACGAUCACACCCGCCCGUUGCUCAUGCGACACCUCGUCGGACCGGAAAUGGAGAAUAUGAAGGAGUCUUUAUUAGCAAAGCUCAACGAAUUGACUUCGUACUCCAAAGGGGCCAUCCUCUGCCCCGAUCAGCUUGCAGCAGCAGAUAUUAUUGAUCAAAUGCAGGCAUACUACGAGACUGCGAACGUGACAUUUGUCGAUAAUGUUGCCAUCUUGGCCAUUGAAAAUUGUCUUCUUUGCCCUCUGGAGCAUAUCUUCACCGGCAAGACCGUACUUGGCAUGGAUGAUCAGCAGAUUCGAGAAAUUGCAGCAGAGCCAUCGAGCAUUCAGAAGGAACGGGAACGUCUAAAUGAAGAGCUCGAAAAGCUCCGAAAGGGAAAUCAGACUCUCAAUGCCUUCAGCAAAGCGGACUCUUCGCUGCGUGCUCGUCAUAUCUUCGCAGGAUUGUCAACCCCACGAGCCCAGACUCCAAACCUUACAAGCACGGCUCAGAUAGCUCAGAAGACGCCUGUUGCUUCUCACCCUGCUCUGUUCCCGCAAGUUUCAACUCCUGCCACUGUGCCGAUCGCGUCUCCCUUCCCCGCCCUUUCUUCAGAUCAAAAUAGAGGAGGCUUUGGUACAAGUCAGGGUUCUCUGUUCUCUCCCGGUCUGGGGAGCACGGAAAAUGGCGGGUUUAGACCUAACAAUGGAGCCACUGCCACAUUCAAUCUGGUUGAUUCGCCGCCCGGUACAAAAUGGCCUACCCAGAAUGUGUCUAGCUCAACGGUCAAUGCGGGGUUUGGUUUGAAUAAUCAAGGCUUUGGUUCGUCGUCCUCUCCAUUUGGAAGUUCGACCAACUCAACUCCCACGAAGGGCGUGAAACGUCACUUUGACGCGAAAAGAAUCCCAGAAACCAAGGGCCACAAGAAAAUGUAA